CGCCCUCCUCUCACUUCCCCCUCCUCCAAUCCCACCUCUUGGGGGCGCCCGCGCGCCCUCCGACUAUAAAGCAUCGAGGUUCUGCAGCCCGUGGACCAGCGAGAAGCCUCGAGCGGCUCCUGCACUUGCUUCCAGACCCCUCGAGGCACCAUGGCCGAGGGCCCGUUCUUUAUGGCGGACACACCCUUUCAUCCGGACCACCUGAGGAUGUGGGAAAAGGCUGUGUAUGUGGACGAGAACCGGCGCACCUGGCUGCCCAUAACCCUCAAGAUAGAAAAUAACCUCCAAGUCCUCUUUCGUCAGCAAGACGUGCCCCUGGGGGAUCCUGUGCCCCCCAGCCAGCUGGGCCCGCACCAGCUGCCUGUCAUGUGGCAGCUCUACCCCGGGCUGAGGUACCGAGCCUCAGACUCCAGUUUCUGGCGCAUAGUGUACCAUGUCGAGGUCUCUGGCACCGAGGAAAUGCUCCUGGAGCAACUGCCAGACCCAGUGAACCCGUGA